AUGCCAACACCUUUAGGUGAUGCUGAAGCUGCUCGUACUGAUAGCUUUCCCGGUUUACACGCUUACAAUCAAUAUCUCGUUGAAUUUCACUCACCUCAUCCUGCCAAUAGUCGUGAAAACGCUCGUAUCAAGAAUUGGAUUGUUUCCCUGGUGGAGGAUUUCCAAACCAAAGCUCAACAAAAUGGUAUUGUAAUGGAGAUUAUUUCAAAGGAUGACACCAAACUGGGUAUAUUUGAAGACAUUAUGGGAAAAGGGGAAUAUUGGGUGCCAGAUUCUCGAAAUGUUUUGGCAAGAAUUCAUGGUACAGAUCCUGAACUGAAACAUCAAAGUAUCCUGGUCAAUGCUCACUUUGAUAGUGUGCCUACAAGUAAUGGUGUUACGGAUAAUGGUAUGGGUACCUGUGUCACUUUGGAACUUCUUCGCUACUAUGUGGAUCAUCCUCCCAAACAUACUCUGAUCUUUUUACUGAACAAUUUUGAAGAAGGUGGCUUAUUUGGUGCUCAUCUUUUUGCCAAUCAUCCUUGGUUUGAAUCUGUCAAGACUUUUAUCAAUCUUGAAGGUGCUGGUGCUGGUGGAAAAAGUAUUUUGGUGAGAAGUAGUACUUUGUUCGGUGUCAAACAAUUGGCUUCUUCUGGCGCUCAUUAUAUGCAAGCAUCUCCUCUUGGCAAUGAUCUAAUGAAAUCCAGUAUUAUGAAGAGUGAUACUGAUUACACAGUGUUUGACAAACAUGGUCUUUCUGGUAUGGAUCUUGCCUUUUAUGGACCACGAUCACACUACCAUACGCAACGGGAUACUCUUGCCUAUACUUCACCAAACUCUUUACAAUACAUGGGUGCUAUAGCUUUGGGCACUCUACGAAAUUUGGACAAUAGCGGUCUGUUGAAAGAAGAUAUGAUGGAACCUGUUGUAUAUUAUGAUAUUUUGGGUCGAUGGAUCAUUGCUAUGUCUUUCUCAACUUUUCAAUUUUUCAACAUCCUUGCUUUGAUACUCGUUCCUUUGGUACCUAUCUUGUGGACUUUGAAAAAAGCACAUCAUCAAGCUGACUAUGUUUCCGCCUUGAAACCAUUCUUCUUUGAUUCAGCCCAAGGCAUCCUUUUGUCUCUCACUGCCUUUGUUACUGCACUUAUCUCCAUUGCUUUGGCUACCUUUGCUUUAUAUAUUGUCAAUCCCAUGGCUACCUAUGGUGGAUUAGGGUAUAUCAUCAUUUAUUUGGUUGUUGCAGUAUUCAGUGGAAUAACAGGUGCUCUGAUUCUUUGCGGCAAAUGUCAUUGGUAUAAACGAAACUUGGAAAAGAAGCCAGAGAUUUUAUUACAUGGACUGAAUGGUGUGUGGUGGCUUCUCGUGUUAGGUGCUACUUAUCUUGGCUCCAAGGAAGUUUCCGCUUUGUAUUUCGCUAUUUAUUUCCUUGUAUCUGGUGCUUUGGCUUCCUUGGUAUUUGUUACUUUGCCUCAAGAAAACAAGUAUCGUCUUCCUCUUGUAUUUAUCCUUCAAUGGACUAUGCCUUUUCUUCUUCUCCUUCAACUGAUUUUAUUAUCCAUGACCUCUCUUCGUCAUAUCACUGUUGAUGGUACUCCCGAGUUAGCAGUCUAUAUCCUCACUGAUCUCACUCUUGUCUUGAUUAUUUUACCGAUGUUGUUCUGGAUCCAAUUAGCAGGCAAUCAAAAAUCCGUGCUCAAGAUCUCAUCAAGUCUUCUUGGUAUUCUCUUUAUCUUCUGCUUCUUUAUUUCUCCUUUCAACUCAGAUCUGUCACCCAACAAACUCUUAUAUCGAGAAGAAUACAACGCCACUGCGUCAACAACUCAUGUUACCGUACGUUCCAAACAACUGGAAGAGACUGUACGAUCUGUCUUGACCAAGGAUGAACUGCAAACCUUUGAAUGUCAUACGUACGCGGAUCUGCCAGCAUUAAGAGAAUGUAGCUAUGAUACAACAUUAGUGCCUGUGUAUGGACAAUUGGGACUUGACAAGGAAGCUCAGUUUUCGAUGGACAAGGAAUGUGUCGAUGGUAUAUGUACAGCAAAAGGGACGUAUUCCACCAAGAACAGUUUAUUGUGUCGUAUCACAUUCGAUGAAAAUGCAGCCAGUGUGGCCAAGGCUUGGAUUUAUGGUGGUCCUGUAGUGUAUGCAAAGAAUCAACCCAUCACUGGUCUCGUGGCCUAUACCGAUGAUUACAAUACCGUGGUCCCAUUUGGUUUCUCCUGGUCUGAAGCAUCUCCUACUCCUCGUGCACGUUUCAACUGUAUCUAUAAUGAAUGGACAAAAGGGGAACUACCUGCUUAUGUGUCUUUGCGUGAUCGUUUACCUGCUGAUUAUCUUAUCUUAGUUAGAGGCCAAGGUAUGACAUUUGUUACCUUCAAAGAAUUGGACCUUUAG